AUAACGGUCUGUUUAUUUAUUUACUACGCGAAAAUCACGUUUAUUCAAAUCUAUGUUUAGUUUUUCUCUGAUCGAACUGUGUUGAUGGAAACAAUUGAAACUGUGUUCGAUUUGGAAUUUUAAGUCGUUUACUGCGUUCAAAUUGGAUUUAAUCGAGGACAGAUUGGAUUGGAUUGAAUUGAGUCCAAAUCUGUUUUGAAGACGAGAGUUGAGAUCAGGAAAUAGAAAUCGAAUAUGUUGACUUGUAUUGCCUGUUCGAAGCAGCUCAACGGUGGAUCUCUUCGCGAACAGGAAGAAGAUGACACCGCCGCUACACCUCGCACCAAGCAAGCCAUUAAGGUUCUCACAUCUCAGAUCAAGGAUAUGGCAAUAAAGGCAUCUGGAGCAUACAAAAACUGCAAGCCUUGCUCCGGAUCGUCAAAUCACAACCCGACGAACGGAGGUUACGCGGACUCUGAAGCAGGCUCAGGGUCUGAUAGAUUUCACUGCGGGUACCAACGAACUUGCAAUUCUACACCUAGGGUUUGGGGCAAAGAAAUGGAGGCAAGAUUGAAGGGGCUUUCGAGUGGUGGAAGCACUCCAGCUUCCUACAGUGAUCGAAUUGAAUCAGUUAAGUUCAUGGAGGAAGACGAGCUUAAAGAAUGGGUUGCUCAGGUCGAACCAGGGGUUCUCAUCACUUUUCAUUCAUUACCUCAAGGAGGCAAUGAUCUUAAACGUAUUCGAUUCAGCCGUGAAAUGUUCAACAAAAGGCAAGCUCAAAGGUGGUGGGCUGAGAACCGUGAUAAGGUUAUGGAGUUAUACAACGUUCAACGUUUCAAUCAUCAAGGAGUACCGCUACCGGCCCCACCAAAAUCUGAAGAUGAGAGCUCAAAAAUGGAGUCUUUUGAGAACAGCCCAGUGACACCGCCACUUAGCAAGGAGCCCCUACCUCGGAAUUUCUACCCAAAGCAAUCCCGUGAAUGUCAUGACUCUAAUGGAGUCGCAUCAACGCCUACACUAUCGAGCAUAAGUGGAGCCAAAACUGAAACAUCAUCGAUGGCUUCUGCAAGGAGUAGUUCAUCUAGAGAGGGUGAUCACUCGGGAGAGCUUUCUAUGAGCAAUGCAAGUGAUAUGGAAACGGAAUGGGUGGAGCAAGACGAACCAGGUGUGUACAUCACCAUCAGAGCAGUGGCAGGCGGGAAUCGUGAGCUUAGGCGUGUUCGAUUCAGUCGAGAAAAGUUUGGUGAAAUGAAUGCGAGGAUGUGGUGGGAGCAAAACAGAGGAAGAAUUCAAGAGCAGUACUUGUGAUGUGGGAGGUGGUUCUUGUUUCUUGGUGUAUGAAAUUCAAUUUUUGUGGUGACUUUGAUUUCCAUUUUGUUCCAAAGAUAUGAUGACAACUUAUGAUAAU